GCUAGGGGACGAGGGUCGGCGGGGGUUGCUUGUCUCCCCCGGACCCCUCCCACCCUCGGGGAGGUCAGGAGGUCGUGGGGUCCCAGCCACCUUCCCUUCGUUCUGUGGAAACUGCAGCCAGGCGGUCACCGCGCUAGUCCGGCGGAGCUGGGAUUCGAACUCAGGGCCUCUGGCUUCCAGUCCGGCGUCUUUGUAGUGAAGAAACCGAGGCCUCAGGAGCCCCGGUGACUCUAGGGUCACCCGAGACCAAGAACCUAGGGUUUGCUGCUAUUGGUUGUUUUUUUUGUUUUGUUUUUAAUAAUGGAAGGACCAAAUGCAUUCAAGACACCUAGCAAGUUAUCUGACAAGAAGAAGUCUUCAUCAUGCUUAACUCCCUCAUCUGUAGCUAUUCCAGCCUCUCCAUUUAUGCAAAAGCUUGGCUAUGGCACUGGGGUAAAUGUUUACCUUAUGAAAAGGUCUCCCAAAGGUUUAUCUCAUUCUCCCUGGGCAGUGAAAAAGAUUAAUUCUAAAUGUAAUGAUCAUUUUCAAAGUAUAUAUCAAAAGAGACUAACUGAUGAAGCUAAGAUUUUGAAAAACCUUCAGCAUCCAAACAUUGUAGGUUAUCGUGCAUAUGCUCAAGCCCAUGAUGGCAGUAUGUGUCUUGCUAUGGAAUAUGGAGGAGAAAAGUCUCUCAAUGACUUAAUAGAAGAAAGAAAUUCCAACUGCCAUUCUCCUUUCCCAGCUGCUACGAUUUUGAAAGUUGCUUUGCACAUGGCGAGGGGGUUAAAGUAUCUUCACCAGGAAAAGAAUCUACUCCAUGGAGAUAUAAAGUCUUCAAAUGUUGUAAUUAAAGGUGACUUUGAGGCAAUUAAAAUCUGUGAUGUAGGAGUCUCACUGCCAUUGGAUGAAAAUAUGACUGUGAGUGAUCCUGAGGCACAUUACAUUGGCACAGAACCCUGGAAACCAAAGGAAGCUCUGGAAGAGGGUGGUAUUAUUACUGAUAAAGCUGACAUAUUUGCUUUUGGGCUAACUCUUUGGGAGAUGUUGACCCUAACCAUUCCACACAUUAAUCUUCCAGAGGAUGAUGAUGAUGAAGAUGAAACAUUUGACGAGAGCUUGUUUGACGAUGAAGCAUACUAUGAAGCAUUGGGAACGAGGCCAGCCAUUAACAUGGAAGAAUUGGAUGAUUCAUAUCAAAAAGUGAUUGAACUGUUUUCUGUUUGCACUAAUGAAAAUCCUAAAGAUCGUCCCUCCGCUGCACACAUUGUUGAAGCUUUGGAAAUGAAUAUGUAGUGAUUAUGUAGGAUUCACUUUUUUUGAAAUACUGUGACUGACUGAUGCAUCAUUAUGUUAUUAACUAUCAUACAUUUGUAUAACAGGCUGAAAGCUAUUAUACCAAAAUUUCAUUAUUAAGAUUUCCUGAAAUAACCUAAUAAGAACUGAAAAGCUUUCUUAGAAAUUGAAUUAGAGUCUCUAACAUUAGGAUGCUCAUCUACUUAUGAUGCUUAUCUUUUAGAAGUGUUGAAGUCAGUGGAUUUUCAUUGUACUCCAUAUGGCCAUCUGAUUACUCAAGUGCUCAUGAGAAGUUGCUUUACAGACUUAAAACACUGCCAAUAAAGUGCAGUUAGGCUUAGUUUUUAAAAUUAUUUUGGGUAAAAUGGCAAUUUUCAAUACCUAUAAUAAAACUAUUAUUUUCUUAUAGAACUCCCAUUUUCAAGGGGUUAGUAGAAUUUUUGGAGUAUAGAAUAUCUCGGUUCAGAAAGGUUUUUAUAUUUGAAAAAUUUCAGUCUUUUGUUUAUAUUUGCCUGAUGCGGUGAUUAAAUAUAAGCAGUGGAAUCUGAGAGAAUUAAAUUACAUUUUAAAAACAAGCAAACAACAGUAUCCUGGCUGCUUCCCCCAGGAUUGGUUUUCAAGAGUGGGCAUUUCUUGUUUAAACGAACUGCUACAGCUCUCCUUAAACUCUCAGGAUCUCUACCUGAGAGUGUCUAAUUUAUUAAAUUAUGUCACCUUAAGUUAUAUGGUUCCUUCUUUAUUUUUCAUAUAUUGUAAGCUGUAGCCUCAGUGUUUCAUAAAAAGAUAGAGUUGAAAUAAUGAAAACAUUGAGAAAAGUUCAACAUAAAAGUUAACUUAAAAGACUUAAAAGUUUGUUUGUAGGUGACUUCCAGAAAAAGGUGAUGGAAGAUCUCAACAAAAAUACCACCCCUAUGACAUCAAAAUAAAGAGAAAUACACAGUCCAGGAAUAUACUCUAAGAAAUAAAGAUAGAAAAUACUUUUUA